UUCUGUUCUGAAGGCGUUACCUUUACAGAGGUAAAACCCUUCCACUGUGUUGAAAAAGGCAGAGUGAGAGGGAAGCAAAUGAGAACAAUUGCUGUUUUCCCUCAUGGUAAUUUAUAACUAAUUAUUUGUCUCUUUUGGAAUUUAAUUUCACCGCAGGUUACUAAUUUGCUUCCCUGAACGAAGCUGAAUGAAGCCACAGACUGAACUCUGAAGUUAUCAGCUGUCCGCCUAUCAUCUGUUGGUCAAACAGCAGACUUUCUCUGACUGACAUCUCCUGGUGUCAUUUCUGUGUAGUAAAACCAAAUUUGGGAAAAUUCCCUGCUUGGAUAUUGAACGAACAUUGUGCUGUUGCCUUGGUGACACUCCAGAGGGACCUUGAUCGACAGAUCUCCCUGCAGAGGAACUGUGAGGGGCUGCCACCAAAAGGAACAUGUUCUAGAAGUUGUACAUUUGUCCUGAACGACUGGUCAGCUUUGACUCUAGAAGAUGAGCAAUGAGGAUGAGUUCUACGACGCCGUCACAGGCCUGGAUUCAGACGAGUCGUAUGAAGGGGCGUCAGAGUCCAGUUUCAAAGAUGCGCUGGUGUUUGACGGCCGCAGUCAGAAGAACAACGGAUCAGUGCCCCAGGAGAACGGCAUCAAGAAACACAGGGCAUCAUUACCUGCUCCCAUGCUUUCCAGAAACUCUGUCAGUAUCUGGAGUAUCCUGAAAAAAUGUAUUGGACUGGAGCUGUCAAAGAUCACAAUGCCAAUCGUCCUCAACGAGCCACUGAGCUUCCUCCAGAGAAUCUCAGAAUACAUGGAACACACAUACCUCAUCAACAGAGCCUGCUCGCUGUCCGACUCCAUAGAACGCAUGCAGGCAGUAGCUGCCUUUGCUGUGUCAGCAGUUGCGUCUCAGUGGGACAGAACUGGAAAACCCUUCAACCCUCUGCUGGGAGAGACCUAUGAACUCAUCAGAGAGGACCAGGGUUUCCGGCUGGUAUCGGAGCAGGUAUCCCAUCAUCCCCCAGUCAGUGCCUUCCAUGCAGAGAGCCUGGCCGGGGACUUCAUCUUCCACGGCUCCAUCUACCCCAAGCUCAAGUUCUGGGGCAAGAGCGUUGAGGCUGAGCCGAAAGGGACCAUCACACUAGAGCUACUCAAACACAAUGAGGCGUACACAUGGAGCAACCCUUACUGCUGUGUACACAAUAUCAUCCUGGGAAAACUAUGGAUAGAGCAGUAUGGCACAGUGGAAAUAGUCAACCACAGCACUGGAGACAAGUGUGUGUUGAAUUUCAAGCCCUGUGGGAUGUUUGGCAAAGAGCUGCACAAAGUGGAGGGCUACAUCCAGGACAAGAGUAAAAAGAAGCACUGCGUCAUCUAUGGGAAGUGGACUGAGUGCAUGUGGAGUGUCGACCCUCAGGCCUAUGAGGCCCACAAGAAGUCAGAGAAGAAAGGAGACAAUAAGAAGAACAAACAUGAAGAGCUGGAUGGAGCAGAGAACGAUGAUGCAGACGACAUGCCUGAAGUCCAGGAGACGGUUUCUGUCGUCCCAGGAAGUACUUUGCUGUGGAGGAUAGACUCCAGACCUCCACACUCUGCUACAAUGUACAACUUCACCAACUUUGCAAUGUCUCUCAAUGAGCUGGAGCCUGGCAUGGAGGCCAUCUUGGCUCCCACAGACUGUCGUUUCAGGCCAGACAUCAGAGCCAUGGAGAAUGGCAACAUUGACGAGGCCAGUAAGGAGAAGGAGAGACUGGAGGAGAAACAGAGAGCUGCCAGAAAGGAGAGAGCUAAGAAUGAUGAGGAGUGGUCUACAAGGUGGUUCCAGAUGGGCACCAACCCACACACCAGCUCCCAGGGCUGGCUCUACACCGGUGGCUACUUCAAUAGGAACUACCACGACCUGCCUGAUAUCUACUGAUAGCCCGCUAGUCUCCUUCCUCCUCUUACUCUUCCUCCUCUUAUAAGCCGCAAUGGUCUGCCUGUCAUGGAGAGGAAUGUUAAGAAUCCACAGUCACCUUCAUUUCACUCCCUUCAUCAUCAUCCUUUAAAGUGACCGACACACCCAGCUCAGAUUGGAAAGACUCACAGAGACACCAAAUGCCCGUCACUUCUGUCAAACUGCUUGAUGUCUACUGAGUCUUCAGGUCUUUUUUUCAUGUAAAAGAUUUUACAUCUAUCUUCACUUCAGCCUUAUUCUCACCAUCAUGUGAAUUUUGUCAUAUAGCGACCAGCAAACGUUUUCCAUCUCUCUGCCCUGACAUCGUUAAGAGCACAAGAACCAUUUUAUUCCUUCGCAGUGGCAGAGAGUUGGUACGUGUGAAACAACAUUUAUCACUCACAAAUCCAAUCUGAAUGUUUAAUAUCUUUAGAAUCAGAACUCUCUCCUCUGAGAAGCUUCCUGCCAAGCCUGCGGACAGCGUCAUUUAAAACGUGUGUCAUUAAUGAGUAAAUAACAAAGCUACAUGAAGUAAGACAAUAAUAACAGUGAAGAUUUGUGGACGUGGACGGACACCUAGUCAGUGGGGAAAUCAGGGACGUGAAUCUUCCUUUUACUGAAGGCAGCUCUUGAGGUUGCUUUUUCUGUUUUGGAAACUUUUAAAAACACUCAAAAAAUAAAUAGUGCUCUUCAAGGAGCAACAUUUAAAGAAAUAGUGCUGUUUGUAAUUGGUCACGAAAAAUUGAAUGCAAGCAUGAGCUCAUUACUGUCUAUGUGUCAUAUCCCUAAAACAUUUAGUAUCAACUGUCACUCUCAAAUUUACUUUCCACUUAAGGUUUAUAGUCAAGACGUCUACUUCUACUAGUGGAAUGUGCAGCUUGAGCAGGACCAGACCUGGGAUCAGAAACGAAACCACAUGCGAUCUGAUGUUCUCCUGCAUGGAAACAUGAAUGAAUGGAGUGUAGGUGGCACAGCUGAGAUAUUCACUUCCUCAUAAUGUACCUUUGAUGUCUUAAACUUGGCCUGUAGCUUCUGUGCAUCUGUAAGAAUGGCAGUUGGUUUUACUCCCAGUAGAAAUGUCCAGUAUGACUAACUCUGCUCUACUUUUUUUUUUUUUUUUUUAAGAAAUCCGCUGUUCAGAUCCAGAGUUCAUGAAACUCUGAACUUGAAUGUUAAUAUGCAACUUGGAUUGCUGGCUGCCUGCACUGCCUGCUAAGUCAAACCUGAGCUUUACAGAUAUGCAGACAGGCUUGGCACAGGUACAGAAAAUUAGAUUUUUAAUUUUUGGUUUGUUAGAGUUUGAAGUCUCAUUUCUGAUUCCCUUCUCGUCUGCAGGUCAGAAGUCAGGAUUUAGCAACUCACAUAGAUUUCCUCUUUAAAGAAGUGACAGAACAAGGUAAAAUCUUAUUGUAGCCGCAUUUCUAUGGGAAUCUGAACCAGGAAGACAAAUUUCACUCCCACAUUUAAAUCUCACACUGUAUGGAGACAUUUUGACAUCAAGAAGAUAUUUAAUUCCAUCAUUAGACGCAACCAUCUGAGUGAAAUGACAGUAAUGUAAUUGACAACACUGAGCAGAUGCAAGAACAGAACCAAUCCAUGUGCAUUCAUCAUGUGCAUGGGUGUGCACACACUCAAAGCCAUAUUAACAGAAGUGUCAUAUAAUGUAACAUGCACCGUUAGAUAUUUUGCUGUCCAGCUGGAUCGGCUGUUAGAGAACGGAUGGAUUGCUGAACUGAAGUCCAAGGGCACAGGCCCAGAGAAAGAAACACAAGUUACACAAAUUGCUGUCAAGGAGAUGCAAAAUAACUUGGAGUUGACGAAGAACUACAAGACCUAAAAUGACCACAAAGACAGACAAAAUGACAAGAGGUGACACUUAAAACAACUACAAAGAGACACAAAAUGUCUGACAGGGACAUACAAAGUGACUACAAAGAGAUGCAAAUCAGAGGCACACAACAGUCAUAGAAAGAUUGAACAAGAUGGACACUGAACAGCAGUGCUCAUGUUCCCAUAAUUUGUCCAUGUGGUUUUCUUGUUCUCCAGUUGUAGUAAAAAGGACACUUGCACCAUCAAGAGUUUAAUUCUAAAACAGUAAUUAAUAAAAAGAAAGUGAAAACUACUCUAUAGAAUGUAAGCACAAAAGAGAGCUCGUAGGCGACAGAGUGUAACACAGCUGCACAGACUGGGUAUCUGGUAUUUGUACAAAGACUCUUAACUCGACGAGACAUUCUGUGCUCAGUGUGUCUUUCUUCUGCAUGUUUUGAAUCAAGUUAAGUGUAGUGGCUCCACGUCCGACAUGAGACACAACAUUGUGACUCUGAGUUGCGCCCAUUAAAUAUAUAUUUGGACUUUAGCUGCUCUGACGCUUCAUGUUGAUGAUACAAAUACGUGAUAUUUAGAUAAUUGACUUUCAGUAUUUUCACUGUCACUGCAGCCAAGAGAGAGACUUUCUGUUUAGACUUGGGCUGAAAUCCAAAUGCAGAUGUAGGAUCUAAAUCCUGUUGACUGGACACCAAGCUACACGCAAACACCUGCAGUAAAAUAUCAGACAGGAACAGCUUUACAUUAAGUUUGUAGAUUUAAUAGGUAGGCCAUGCUGAAAAAAAGUAUUGUUUUCAGGCAUUGUAGUUGGGAUGUUUUUAUUUAUAUAUAUAUAUAUAUUUUAGCGGUCUUUAUGUUGAGAUAAAAUUACAGAGCCAGCAUUGAAUAAAAUUAAAAAUCCUGUCAUCUGGUACUAAACUGUCAAUGGUUGUUUUAAUUUGGCUUGUUCAUGUAAAACCCCAGUUUGUCUUGCAUCAGGAUUUUGAUUUGAGGUUACAAGGCUCAGCUGUCCAGCUUAUCUUCACACCAUAAUACAUUACCUGCAGACCUGCUUGUACUGGUGAGAAUGUGAUUUGUUUUUUUCUUUUUUUGACAGCAAACAACUAAGAGCUCUCUGUCUUUUUAAACAACACAAUGGGCAUGGAGUGCAACAAAUCUAAUGAGCUGUAGGUGAUUUUAUGUAAUUUUGUUCUGAAAAUGUUGCUCAUCAUUUUCCUGCAUGUUUUUCCCUGCAAGUGCAUAUCAGAUGUUUAAAAAUCGCAUUUUCAUCAGUGCAUUUAGGAGCUUUGACGUAUUUCACAAUACCAACUCUAUGCAACUUUUGCAGCUCAAUAUGAACAGGAAAUGUCUGGUCUGUUAGUGUGUAGUAGCAUUACAUCCCCCUCCAACAACAGGCAUACACACACACACCUUCAGCUUUUGCCUUGAGUUGACGUAUUUCCAAAUAAUGACUUUGCCCUCUUCAUUCCUUAAUAUAUUCCAAAUAAUUGGAUAUGAUUCUAAUGUGUUGAAUUACUUGCCAGUACAACCAGCCAUGUAUCACAUCUUGGACCAACUUUUUCUUUGUGCCUGUUCUUUAAAUGUAUUUCGGUGUCAUGCUAAAUAUCUGGAUUUGUCAGUUUGUUUUUUCAUUCACUUUUUUUUUUUUUUUAAUUUAUGUGUAUUAUUUAUGAUGUUUGAACUUUUAUGAAAAAAAACUUUUGCUUGCGUAGCCUGUCUAAACAGCUCUUAAUUUCUCUCUUUCACUGAAACACAAAAUUGAACUGGUUUUCUAGAGGAGCAAAGCAUCUAAUCAGGGCUUGAAGUGAACGUCUUUCACCAGCUUAAUGUGUACAUUUUGGUGUGACCGCACCAAGCAUCAGAUUUACUAACGAGUACGGUGUGUAUGUAGACCUCUGUGUGUGGAAUCACUCUCUUGUGGGGAAAAUCUCAAGAGUUCCUUUCAUGCCCAGAAUUUGUCUAAAAAUGUAAAUUUGUCAUUAAAAAAAAUCACAAACACUACUUGAGUUGUACUCACAGAAGGAUGUGAGCUUAACACUGGUCAAAUGCUGCAGUAGUAAAUGAUUCCAAACAGGAACACCAGUCUUUAUUAAACUGUAGUUUGAAACCAUCUUAGCAGCUAGUAAGUAUGAACAGCCGCAUUCAUCAGCACUGAUUCAGACUCUAUCAGUCACUAAACUAAAGCUCUGUUGUUUAACCAGAUCCAAGUUGUUAUGUUGCUUUUGAAUGUUGGUUCUUCCUAUGAAAAAGUCUUCACCCUCCUUCCCUUGGACUGUAUCAUGGGGUUUUCGAUGUUAUAUAUGUGUACAAGUGCUGCACAGAGGUAAUCACAAGCAAAAUGGCAUAUUAUAUUGUGUAAUUGAUUUAUUUUUAUAGUAUUUAAACAGUUUUUGGUGACAACAUUGUACCAGAUGUUUUAUUUUGAGGUGGGAACUGUAAGGGGUCGUUUCCAUUUUGUGGACAACCUAGAUUAAUGAAUUGGGGGAAAUGUCUACUAAUAAAAUCUUUACUUCAGUUUUGA